CGAAGUUCCUGCAAUGCACCAUACCACUUGAGUAGUAUGGUGGUGCAUCGACCUCUGCUGCGACCGGUGCCCACAUCAUUGUUUACUCACUUAGUACCAGCUGCACGUAUUUGCGUACGGCAAGUCCAUGUUCUCAGAACACCCAUUGUGGGCACGAAGACGACCAUGCCGACACCAAACGAAGAGGCUGUGCGGAGUCUACUUGCUGCACCCGAAGUUGCGCCUUUGAAGAAGACAUCUUCGUGGUCCAUUUUGUGUGCCGCACUAACCAGUGCCAAUAUGCCUAGUGUGAUUCCGCCUGCUGUUACCGUCAUGGUAAAGGAGGUGACGACAAAGGAUAAUUCAGAGAUUGUGCGGUUUCUCAGAGUUGGGAGAGAGGCUAUUUUCAAGGCUUAUACCGUUGCGGGUACUCCAAAGGCCAUCAAUGGUUUAACAGAGUUCCGAACGGCCGCCAUGGAACAAUGCCCUGAAGCAUGGAAGGAAUUGGAAGAUACAACAGCAGCCUCUAGAAUCCCUGAAGGAUUUUCAGAUGUUCAAGCUUGGACUGCACGUGGGGAGGAAAUGUUUGAUACGAUAUACAAUCGUUCAGCAACGAGAUUGAAAACAAUCCUAUCUGGUAUCCACCCAGACCUUCUGCCACUUAUAUUGUCUGAGUCGUAUGGCAAAGUGUUAUCUAAUGGAGAUGCUCUGGAUUUAAAGGAUACUGAAUUGGUAAUGGUCGCAGCCUUGAAGGUUCAGGGCGGCGCGGUUUCAAAGCAGGUGGAGAGUCAUCGAAGAGGGGCGAUCCGAAUGGGGGUAAGUCAAGCCGAGGUCGAAGCUGCCGAGUUCAUAGCAGAUCAGAUUGUCGUCAGAUUCGUCGAAUAGUGCAACUACCUUUAGAUUGUAUUCGCUAUAUAUUAAAUACGUUCUAUAUACCCGCUGCUCAGAGGUGUAUUUGCGGCCACCAUGAAACGC